AUGCACACCAGCCAGGCAUCAAGUUGGAUCCCACCACCUGAGGGAGUUGUUAAGAUAAAUUGGGAUGCAGCUUUGAGUGAAGCUCGUGACAGGGUGGGGUUUGGUCUGAUAGCUCGAGAUCAUAUGGGUGGUGUGGUUGCUGUAAAGAAGGUAGCUAAGGGUAGCUGUGUUGCUCCACUGCUGGCAGAGGCAAUUGGAGGACUUCAAGCUGCUAUUUUUGCAUCUGAGUUGAACCUGUCUUCAGUAAUCUUGGAAGGUGAUUCUUUGCAGGUAGUCCAAGGAAUUGGUCUUCACAAGGAGAGGUGGGAUAGUGUGGGAUUGGUCAUGUCAGACACUAGAAACCUUCUCACUCAGAUUGUACAUUUCAGUGUUUCAUUUGUCAAGAGGUGUGGCAAUCAAAAAGCACAUUGUCUAGCUAAGGAAGCCUUAGAUAUUUUUGAGGAGUCAUCUACAAGGGUCGUUCAGCCUAAUUGUAAUAUGUACUCUUCUUUGUCAUUAAGUUGA